AUGAUAAGAAGUAAAAGCAUAAGGAAUAACAAUAAAUAUAUAUACAAAAAUGUCAAACAUUAUUCAUUUAAUAUAGGUUGCUCUAAAGUAGAUGAAAAAUAUAAUGAUAUUAGAAAUAUUAAAAAUAAAGAAGAUUUAAAAAAGUUCUACUUGUUUUAUAACAAAGAAAAUUUGAAUGAUAUAUUUGACGAUUAUGAGUAUUUAAUUAAUAGUAAUUUAAGGAACAAAUGUUCAAGAAAUGAAGUAAUAGAAUGUUUUAAAAUCGCCAAGUAUAUAGCAAAUACAACACCAUUAAUACAUUUUUUUAACUUAAAAAAUAGUAUAAAUGAAAACAAUAAGUUAAAUAAUAACAAUGAAUAUAAAAAUAUAAAUAAUAUUUAUUACAUUCAUAAUAUAGAAAAAGCAAAAAUAAAUAAAGAGGAAAUUAUAAAAAACAAAGAAGAUAAUGUAUGCUUAAAAUUUUUUCUUGAAAAUAACUUAUAUAAAUUUAUUUCAAAAAUGAAAAAAUGUGAUAUAUGGAAUUAUAAAGAGAAAAAUGUUAAUAAAAAUUAUAUGAAUUAUUUUAUGGCAUUUCCUAUUAUGUAUAUCAAUAUAAAUAAUAAUUAUCCCGAGUACAAUUAUAGUUUUAAUAUUUUUUUUAAUUAUAUUCAUAAAAACAAUAACAGUGUUUUUAUUGAUAUUAUUAAAAGAAUAAAUUAUAAAAUUUUAAAUUCUCAGGAAAUAAAUAAUUUAUUAAUUACAUUAACAGUGUUACAUCAUAAUAACAAAUCAUUUUGUAUAGAUAAACAAAGUAAAAAUACUUCUAAUUCUGAAAUUAUACAUAAAAAUAAAGAAUAUAUAAAUAAAAAAACAUAUAUUGAUAUUUUUAACAAUGUAUACAAAUCUAUAUAUUCAAAAAUAAAUACUAUUUCCUUUUUGUAUUUAUAUGAUUAUCUUUUGUUAAUGUGUGUUAACGAAAUUAAAAAUAGAGAAGUCUAUAUAAAUAUUAUUAACAGAUUAUCAAAUUAUAUUAAUAUUAUUAAUAAAAUAAGUAAUAAAAAUAAUCAAUCAAAUGAAAGUGACGAAAAUAUUUAUAAUGAAGAUCAUUCUUCUAAUGUAAUUAGUGAUAACAAUAAAUGGAAUUAUCAAAUAAAUCUAGAUGAUGAUAUUAAUAAAUAUAUCAUAGAUGAUCAUAUAAAUGAGAAAAAGAGAAAAGAAAAUAAAGAAAGUAAAAAUGAUUCCCAUUAUAAUGAAAUAAUAAAUGAAGUAAAUAAUGAAACAUUUAGUAUUAAAGAGGAUACAGGUGGUUAUUUACAUGGAAAUGGAAAAUCAAAUGAAGAAAAUAAAAAUUCUUUAGUUUAUGAGAGUAAUAAUUUUCAAUUAAGUAAACAAAAUUAUCUAUAUAUUAAGAGUAAUUUACUUACUAUAAAAAAUUCUAUAAUAUCAAAAAUAUUGUUAAUUUAUAUAAUGAAAUAUGUAUUUAGUCAUAUAGAUAACAAUAUAUUAUAUGCUCACUCUGAUUUAAUAUGUGAAAAUCUAGAAUUAAUUCAUCAUUAUUUAGUAACAAAUUUUAUAUUCACAAUUGGUACAUGUAAAUAUAUUGAUGAAUUCUGCAUGUUUAUGCUAGCAAAAUAUGUUCAAAAUAAUAUAAAUAUUUAUACACCAAAUGAAAUUACUAUAAUUGUAAAUACAUAUGCUGAUGCAUCGUUAGAAGAUGUCAGUUUUUAUGAAACUAUUUGUGAUCACAUUAAAUUAAAUUUUAAGAAAUAUUCUUCCAUUGAUAUAAUUAAAACAAUUUAUGCUUUUUCAAAAGUUAGAAUACGUGAUAUAGAUUUGCUAAAAAUGUCAUAUAAAAAAAUAAAUAGCUACAUAGAAGAAAGAGAGAAAAAAUUUGAUAUUAAUAGACAUCUAAAAGAGUUAGAUUUAAAAGAUGUAAAAAAAUAUUCAAAUAAUUUAUUAAAGAGUAGUAGUAACAAUAAUAACAUAUAUAUAAGUAACAAAAAAGAUAAUUUAUUAAUAAAUAAACAAGUAAUAAAAAAAAAUAAAUAUGUAAUUAAUAAAUAUUUAUGUGCAUAUGCAGUUAUUGCAGCAGGGAAGUUAGAUUAUUUUGAAGAAUUAGAUAAAUUAUUUAUACAUUUGAAAGAAAGUAUAAAAAAUUAUGGUAUUGAUAUAAGAGGUAUCUUAUGGAUGCCUAUAGCAAUUACAAGUUUUUUAAGUUUUGAAUGUAUUUUUCAUUUUUUGCCAGUUUAUAUAAAUUUAAUAUAUCAUGCUUUUAGAAAAACUCAAUCAACUAAAUUACUAUCUUUAUUAAUAAGAAGACAUAGUAUUUUAUUACAUACUAUAGAAACUGACAUUAUACCUAAAAAAUAUAUAGAUAAAAAUACUUUAAAUAAUCUAUAUUUUAUAUGCAAAAGCAAAAAAGAUACAUCAAAAGAAAAAGUUUUUAUUCCUGAUAGUUCUACUUUUCAUAUUGAAGUAUCUAAUGCAUUAUUAUCAUUAGAUAUUCCUCAUAAAAAAGAAGUUAAUAUAUAUCCAUUUACAAUUGAUAUCUUUAUUAAAACUUCAGAAAAUUGUAAUAUAAAAAACCUACCAAAUGAUAUUGAUUCAGGUGAUCAAAUGUUUCAUUGUGACAAAAAAAAAAAAUAUAUAUACAAUUAUAGUGAAGAUUCAAAUUUUGAACAGACUUUUGAAACAAAGAAAGUAAAAAAUAAAGCAAAAAAUAAAAAUGAGGUAUAUACAGAUAUUCCAUUUUUAUAA